AUGCACUUGAAAAGAAAGUUCACUCAAGAUGACAUAAAACUGAUGAGAAAGAACAAUCACAUGUAUCAAAAAUCUUCAGAAUUGUCUGCAACUAACAACACGGGAACUGUAUACAAUAUUUUUUUCUUCGGGAAUCUUCAUUUUAACAGUGAAAAAACAACUACAGAUUUUAUAUUUUGCAAGUCCAUAUCUUAA